AAAUUUAAGUGGUACAUAUAAAAGCGACACACUGCGCAUACAUUCGCAUUUCUGGACUUGAGACAUAUAUAGAUCUAUUGAGUCGCAAAAGUAACCAAACAAGGAUAUUCUUUAAGAAAGAGACAUGUAUUCGCAGAGUAGGAAUAAUGGUAACAAUAUUGGAGAAUCAGGAGAAGCAAAUUUUAACCAUGAAUGGAGGCAACACAAACCAAAAAUGUGUGAUGAAGAAUAUAUGCUCGUUAGUAGGACAGAAAGACAUCAAAACGAUGUCAAAACUUCGUUUAAAUUACAGUCAUUUAAUUAUCCCUAUAGUCCUACAUCUUUAUAUAGAGAAAUCGAAAAAGGUAGUAUAACAAAUGGAUACGAAAACGUUUGUCAUUCAGGAGAUAAUGGGUCUACAGAUUCAUCAGGCGGUAACAAUGGCCCGGUCAGCGAUAACAAUUACUAUAUUUCAUUGGAGUUUCCCAGUGAUAUUUAUGAAAAUGAUGGUGACACGUUUCGAACACACAGUGAGUUUGACAGAAGUUCUGUGAUUUUAGAGAGAUCUGACGAUUUUCUAAGUGAUAACAAACACCAGCUACGGACGGAUAAUAUUACUGGUGGUACAUCUAAAAAAGAGUAUAUAGACAUGAACUUGUACCGGCCCACUAUUCAGCAAGACAGCAGAAAUUCCUUACAGAGCACACGACGAAUCGGAUUUCAGAAUGAAAAAGGAAAUGACAAAAAGAAAAACAAGACUGGUUUUGUUGUUAUAUCGGGUAUACUUUUAAUUGCAUGCAUAGCGGGAGUCUUAGCUUGGUUUCUGGCUAAAAAAGGAGAUGAUGAAUUUCCUCUCAAAUACUACAUAGCCUUUGAAACCUACAAACUAGAGUCUUCAAUCGGGAGCCAGGUGUCGGUGAAAUGCUUAGCACGAAAUACGAUUUCUAUUAAAUCAAUUCUUAUACGAAAAAUAGAAAAUUCCGUAAAUACCACGGUGGCAAAGGUUACUCUACCAGAUACGAAAUAUCAUGUUGAUGGGGCCAAUGUCAGCUACACAAACAACUCGUUAACAUUAACAUUUUCUUCACUUACUUGUUCUGAUGAUGGAUAUUACAAGUGUAUUGCAAUUAAAAAGGAUGAAUCGCAGAUAGAAUCCCCUGUAUAUCUUCACGUUCAAAUUAAGAACCCUCCGAAACACGAGGCAGUGACAUUCAUCUUACAUCUCGACAUCAAAGAGAAUAAAUACGACAGAAGCAACGUUCACAUAUGCAGUGGAGACGUAGGAUAUCCUAGUGGUCUGGGUUACCUAUCAUUAAAAUUCACAAACCCAACAACAAACGCUAGCUUUACAUACGACAAAAUGACAGUGACAGACGACAUGAAAAUGUCUUUAGAACCACCGCUAAAAUUCAAAGUAAGCCUGGCAAGUGGACUAAGCAUCAUAAUCGUUGAAGACAAUUAGCCAGACGUAGUCAAUUGUACGAGGGAGAAAGAAAUUAAGUUUUUAAUCCAAUCAACAAGAGUCUGGAAUAAAGCGAAUAUUCGCUGUAGCGUCAUAACUGAAGCCGGUGGAGUUAUGUCUACCUAUGUCGAAAAGCAAAUUUAUGUAAUUCCAGAUGCUAUUUGCAACGAUUCCAAUGGAUCUGAUGUGUAUGUACCACAUGAAAAAAUAGAUGGUUGUAAAUCAUACGUGAGAUGUUAUAAAAAUAUUCCUACGGGUCAGUUAUGUGGACAUGGGGAUUUGUGUUUCGAUCAUCAAAACAAGUAUUGUAAUUGGUGUGCAGACGUUUCUUGUGAAUCUGAAAUGAGUCCAACAGCAGACGAUGUAUCCUUUGAAAUCUACAAACUAGAGUCAUACAUCGGAAGCCAGGUGUCAAUGAAAUGCUUAGCACACAGCGCAAAUUCUAUCAAAGCAAUAUUGAUACUGAAAAUAGAUAGUCCUGUGAAACACAUGGUGGCAAAUGUAACUCUACCAGACAUGACAUCCCACAUAGACGGAACCACAGUCAGUUUCACAAACAACUCCUUGACGUUGACGUUUACUUCAACAAACUGUUCUGAUGAUGGACAAUACACAUGUAUUGUCAUUAAAGAAGAUGAAUCGCAGAUAGAAUCCCCUGCAUAUCUUCGUAUUCAACUUAGCAACCCUCCGACACACAAGGCAGUGGUAUUCAUCUUAAAUCCCGACAUCAAAGAUGACAAAUACGACACUAGCAAGUUUCACACAUGCAGUGGAGACGUAGGAUAUCCUAGCGGUCUGGGUUACUUAUCAUUAAAAUUCACAGACCCAACAACAAACGCUAGCUUUACAUACGAUAAAAUGACAGUGACAGAGGACAUGAAGAUAGCUUUAGAUCUACCGCUUAAGUUUAAAGUAAGCCUGGCAACUGGACUAAGCAUCAUAAUUGUUGAAGACAAUGAACCAACCAUUGUUAAUUGUACUAGGAAGAAAGAAAUUAAGUUUUUACUCAAAGCAACAAGAGACUGGAAUAAAGCAAAAAUUCGCUGUAGAGUCAUUAGUGAAACUAAUGAACUUAACUCUACCUCUGUUGAAAAAGAAAUAUAUGUUAUUCCAGAUUCUGUUUGUGAUGGUUCAAAUGGAUCUGACAUCUAUGUACCACACGAGAAGAUUGAUGAAUGUAGAACAUACAUAAGAUGCUUUAACAACAAACCAACGGGUCAAUUAUGUCAAACGGCGGAUUUGUGUUUUGAUCACCAGAAAAAUUAUUGUGAUUGGUGUAGAGUCGUUGCCUGUGAAUCUGAAAUGAGUUCAACGACAGAAAGUCAAAUGACAACUACAUCUUCCCUGCCUGCGGUUCCAGAAAUACAAUGUCCCCUUUUAUCCUGCAAACCAUCCUCAGUAUUUGAAAUGGAAACCGGCGAUAUGGUCUGUGAGCUGAACACAUCAAUGACGUAUGAAAAUAUUACUGUAAUGAAAAAUGGUCAAGCAAUCAUGACGGUUUAUCCAAAUGGGACCAAUCACUAUUUCUCGGAUGAAACUGAGAAGUACGACAGCACAGUUGGGACAUCUUUUACAUUUUUUAUAAAAAAUGUAUCUUGUUCGGACGAAAAUGAGUACACAUUUACUGUGGAGGUUGGUGAAGGAGGAAGCUGCUAUAAAACUGCCUCUUUGGAAAUGAAAGCAAAACCAGGAAUACCAACACUUGCUAUAGACUACAGGUGGACAGAGGGAACCAAUUUAGGAAUCCAUUCAUGUACUGGGAGUAUUGGUAACCCUCCUGGGACAAUGACAUUAGAAAUACGAGAUGGAGAAACUGGGAACUUUACAAGUUUUUCACCAUCUACCAAAUCACUGAAUACCAUAAAGGAAAAUUGUCAUUAUGAUGCAACAUUAACCUUUUCAAUUAAUUUUAACACCGAAACAAUCCGAAGUCACUACAUCCGUUGCGUUGCCAACAACCAACAGACUCUAUUGAUUUCUGAGCCUCCAUUCUAUUCAAAGGAAGUUUUUGUCAAUCCGCUUCCAGCAAACGCUUGCUUUGAAAAUGGACUUCAUCCUUAUCCAGGAGAUUGUACACGAUUUUUAAACUGUCAUGGUAAUAUCACAAGUGUUACGCUGUGUCCAUCAGGGUUGUGCUAUAAAUUAGCAACAGAAGCCUGUGACAAUGAUUGCACAAGGUGUAGCACAUAGUAUUUUUUCACUUCUAAAUAUAUCAGGUUUUUUUUUUAUAAAACGCAGCAAUAAUGAAAAUUGACCCGGCUGUCUUUCUUGAAAAUACCAAAUGAGUUACUUUUGUACAUUAAACAUGUUUUGAAUUUGACAAAAGAAUGCUCCACAUAUCAUGGCAAAGGGGGCUUAUUCGACAUUCCAGAUUCGAUAUUCAAAACUCAGCAUUCCGAGAAACAAAAUGCAGCAUCCAAUCAUGACCAUGAUUUUGUAGGAAUAAAUCUAAGCCGCAUCAAAUUGUUUCAAAAUAAAGAUCAUACGCACAUGUUUUGACAUGCAUGCAGUUUUAAAAUUAACUCUGAUUAAAUGGUGUUUGAAUUGUUAUUCGUUGUGUAAAUAAUUCGGCUAGUUAGAAUAUCAUUUUUUCAUCUUUUCUGCAAUCUGGUUUGAACAAAAACAAUAAGCACAAAAAACCCAAACAAACAAACAAAAAACAAAACACCACCGCAUUUAUAUAUGGGUUGUUGUUUUUGU